CUCCGGGAGGGGGCUGCGCCCGCCCCAUCUGUACCCCGGAGCACUGCCAGGAGGACAGUGGUGAGGCCAGUGCACUUUUGGGGCUGAAUUGGUUACACAAUAUCCUCCUAUGCUUGAGACCUACAGACUACGUGUCCUACCAGAACUAAUCAGUGGUUUUUCAUCUCCUGGAGAUAAAUUAGAAACAUAAACAUGGUGCCAAAAGAACUCCUUACCUUACUCUAACUCCAGUUUAUUCGGACGUACUUUUGUAUUGAAGAGAAGUAUACAAAUUAAGGAUACCUGUGCAGAGACUCUGUCGUGUAGGAUCAUGGACCAUCCUAGUAGGGAAAAGGAGGAAAGACAACGGACAACUAAACCCAUGGCACAAAGGAGUGGACACUGUUCCCGACCAUCUGGCUCCUCAACAUCCUCUGGGGUUCUUAUGGUGGGACCCAACUUCAGGGUUGGCAAGAAGAUAGGGUGUGGGAACUUCGGAGAGCUCAGAUUAGGUAAAAAUCUCUACACCAAUGAAUAUGUAGCUAUCAAACUGGAACCAAUAAAAUCACGUGCUCCACAGCUUCAUUUAGAGUACAGGUUUUAUAAACAGCUCGGCAGUGCAGGUGAAGGUCUCCCACAGGUGUAUUACUUUGGACCAUGUGGGAAAUACAAUGCCAUGGUGCUGGAGCUUCUUGGCCCUAGCUUGGAGGACUUGUUUGACCUCUGUGACCGAACUUUUACUUUGAAGACUGUGUUAAUGAUAGCCAUUCAGUUGCUUUCCCGAAUGGAAUACGUGCACUCAAAGAAUCUCAUUUACCGGGAUGUCAAGCCAGAGAACUUCCUGAUUGGCCGACAAGGCAAUAAGAAAGAGCAUGUUAUACACAUUAUAGACUUUGGACUGGCCAAGGAAUACAUUGACCCUGAAACCAAAAAACAUAUACCUUAUAGGGAGCACAAAAGUUUAACUGGAACUGCAAGAUACAUGUCUAUCAACACGCAUCUUGGCAAAGAGCAAAGCCGGCGGGAUGAUUUGGAAGCCUUAGGCCAUAUGUUCAUGUAUUUCCUUCGAGGCAGCCUGCCCUGGCAAGGACUCAAGGCUGAUACAUUAAAAGAAAGAUAUCAAAAAAUUGGUGACACCAAAAGGAAUACUCCCAUUGAAGCUCUCUGUGAAAACUUUCCAGAGGAGAUGGCAACCUACCUGCGCUAUGUCAGGCGAUUAGACUUCUUUGAAAAACCUGACUAUGAGUAUUUGCGGACGCUCUUCACAGACCUCUUUGAAAGGAAAGGCUACACCUUUGACUACGCCUAUGAUUGGGUCGGGAGGCCUAUUCCUACUCCAGUAGGGUCAGUUCAUGUAGAUUCUGGUGCAUCUGCAAUAACUCGAGAAAGCCACACACACAGGGAUCGGCCAUCACAACAGCCUCUACGAAAUCAGGUGAUGCAAUCACAACUGAAGAUUUUAAAGCAUUAUCCCAAGGAAUUCCCACUACUUGAGAUUCCUGCUCCUGCCUUUGGGGAUUUACACACUCCAUUUGGACCUUUGCCUUUCAAACUGCAUCAUCAGAGCGCCGAGGAGAGUGGGAAAUCCAGCCCAGCCGGCAGACCAAUACCUCGUACCUGACGUCUCACUUGGCUGCAGACCGCCAUGGGGGAUCAGUGCAGGUGGUUAGCUCAACCAACGGAGAGCUGAAUGUCGAUGACCCCACGGGAGCCCACUCCAAUGCACCAAUCACAGCUCACGCCGAGGUGGAGGUAGUGGA